AUGAAAAAUGUAGAGGGAAUUAACGACUGGAGGUCGACGGACGGCAAAGUCCAUACUAGCAAAUUGAAGGGCAUCAUCACAGCGCUCCACCACGACUUUGAGGAGCGAAUUGGCAGCAUUAUUACAGGGUUCCAAUUAACCUUUAAUAUAACCAAGAGCAAGGCAGAGAUGGACUUGCAGCGCCGCACUGUUGUCACUACCAUACUGCCGGACGACUCAUUUCUAGAUGGGCACUUAAAGGCGGUUGCAUUGCAGCAGGAGCCCCCGCAACUGAUCCAAGGCUCAUUGUACCUCGUUAAUGCGAACCCUGAUCGCUCGUGCCCACUCUCUGCGAAGAAUUCUCUAGGAGAUGGGGGAUUGUAUUCGGCGCGGGCUGGCAUCUUGAAUUACUGGUUAUACUGGUACUGCACAAGGGAGAACCAUGUUGCAAGUACUACCAAUGAUACCAGGCCAGCCAUGGUGAAUGAGCGGUUUGAAGUUGUCCAAAUUGAGCAGGGAGAGACCAGUGUCCAGGUUCUCAGCAUCAAUUACGCUCUGUUCACUUCGGACGUCAUGGUGAGAGAAAAGGAUCCUGACUACAUCGCCUUGAUGGGCGGUGAGCUGAAAGCCUCUCAGCUCACUGGACUGAACUGGCUGGCAUAUUUGUGGAGUAAAGGGCGAGAACGGCACCUUACUGAUGAAAUUUGUCUCGGAAAGGGACCAAAUGAGUUUGCGGACAUCAAGUGGCAGGCACUUGUUAUUGACGAGAAUAGUCAGCAGGAGCUGCUGAGCUUUGGACGGAUUGCUGCCCUAACUGGAGCUUCAAAACUCAAUCACCUGGUACUACCAUACUACGUGGCAACUGAUCCUAAUCGAUUACAAUCCAUCGAUGGAUUACAAUUUGGGAUGCGUAGGUUGCAUGAAGCCGAAGGCAAAUGGGACUUUGAAAAAGAAGAAACCUUUCAUUCUUACUAUCUAAAUGACGACACUGCAGAGAACCUAGGUGAGGCGCAGACUAGGGAUGCCAUACAUCUUCUCUGCCAGUUCAACGACGUCCAUCAAACUUUGUUGCUCAGCCUCAUGUUUGACAAGAUGCUCCCGUCCAAUCUUUCUCUCAUCGCCUCAAUCUCCAUCAUCCUUGCUUUUUCUCUCGCCGCCGCACUUUCUCUCAUCAUGUUGAUCUCUUUAAUCCUGGCUCUUUCUCUUGCAGCCGCUCUUUCUCUCGCCGCUUCCACUUCUCUCAUCCUUGCUCUGUCUCUUUCCACCGCGCUAGGAAGCGCCAGUCCCCGACUACAACUUCGGAGUUCAAGAAAUGACGAUGGAUCAGUAGCAAGCAGUUUAUCGAUCAACAAUCGAACAAGAUAUAUCAGCUGCUCUGGAAGAUAUAAACUUGACAGUACACAAGGGGAACUCGUGGGUGUAAUUGAUAGUGUGGGCAGCGGGAAGAGUAGCUUGUUGUCAGCGAUUAUCGGGGACGUGCGAAAGACAGAGGGUGAUAUACUUUUUUCGCAUGAGUACGAUGAGGCGUUCUAUAACCUUGUUAUCAAAGCUUGUACUUUAAAGCCCGACUUAAAUCUUCUCCCACAGGGUGAUCUGACGGAGGUCGGUGAAAAGGCCAUUACUAUCAUGGGUCCUCAAGGCUUACUCGCAACCAAAGUGCGCAUUCUUGUCACUAACGACAUUCCGUAUCUCAAGUGUUUCGAUCAACUUGUUUACCUGCGCCGCGGUAUGAUCUUGGAGAGUGGCUCGUACAAGAGUGUAUCGCGUAGAGAAAGUUUCAAAAAAGCCGUUCUCGCUACGCCGCCCAAGCUGCGCGACGCGCCUUCCGAUGGCAUCACUAAAGAUCACAGUGAACAGGGCCGCGUCAAGAUGGAAGUGUACUCGCGGUACCUCCAAGCAGCAUCGAGAAAAGGGUUCCUGUUCUUUGUAAUCGCUACGGCUCUGCAGCAGGUGCAUGACCGCGAGAUGGGUACCAACCCGGGAUUGGCUGACCAGUAUUUCCUGGGAUACGGCGCAUCUGCUGCGCUUCUGAUUUGGGUUUUCUGCUUGCUUCGGAGCUCAAAGCACCCCCAUGAUUCGUCAUGCGUGCGCCCCUCGACUUUUUUGAAACAACACCGACAGGACGUAUCAUUGAACUUGUUUUCUCGUGAUACGUACGUUAUCGAUCGAAUCCUGGCAUUGUUCGCAACCAGUUGUGCUACCUUCCUAGCCGGGGUUCGGGGUAGUCAAACGAGUUUGAACCCGUUCAAGGAGAAGAAGGCUUUGAAGAAUGCAGCCAAAGCAGCACGUAGGCCACCCGCGGCCAUAUGA